UAUGGAAUCAGAAGGUCUAAUCUCAUAAUAAGAGAAAAGACUCAUCAAGUAGAAAUUAACCAUAAAAGAACCAACUCUAAUGCUUCUUUUAUCAAAAUAAAAGGAAGACAUCAAAAUCAAAUCAGAAUUACUCUCAUACUUGUCUUCAUUUCAAAUUACUCGUUCCAAAUCACAUACUCAAGAUUUUAGUCCAUCAAAAAAAUAAGGAUAACAAUUAUAAGUACUAUAAAUUUAUUCAUAUUUCACAUAGUCUUAAACAAUCUAACUUAUGGAUCAACUAAUUAUCUAAUUAAAAGGUAUGUAAUAAUAUGCCAAUAAACAUGUAAAAUUUAUAUUAUUUAUUAUUGCAAUAGACUACCUUAGAAUUUAAGUCUAAAAUUGAACAACUAAGAAACAUACUCAAUUCAUUAGAUUAAGAUGAAGACAUUGAUUAUUCCUUUAUAGAAUUACUUUAAUCAAAUUAUUAAUAAAUAAAGGUAAUAUUGUCGUUACACUUAGCAAAGGUAUUCUCGUUACAUGAAUUCACUCCUUGAAUUGAUGGAUGAGAAAGUUGAACCUAAGGAUAUCUAGGCAUUUCUAAACACCUUUCUAAAUUAACUUAUUGGAUGCCAAUCCUAUAGUUUUAUACUUCUCAAAGAUUAAAAGGUUCAAAUACAUUAGGAUGAUAAAUUUGAAGAAUUCCAUAUCACUAAAGAUGUCCUUGAUGAAUUAGUUAAUUUACAAUCAAUAACUGAAGUUCAAUCUUUGAAUACUAUCAAAUAAUACUACACAAAUCCUCAUAAUUAUAUACUAAAACUCACAGAUUUCUAAUAUUUUAUUAUGCAAUUAGAUCCAAAUUUUAUAUCAUUUGUUAUGUUAUCUAAGAAAUAUAAUUACAUGGAUUCCUUAAUAGAUUUAGCUCAAUUUGUAAUAUAUACUUCAUAACAAAUCAAAGUCUAAUAUUUUAGUAUUUUGUCUAUUGGAGACACAAUAUUGGAGUUUGGUCUAGAAAUAGUAAGAUGCUCAAAGUAUCUACUAAUUGAUAAUAUUCUUUAAACAAUUAAUAAACAAUAUUAGAUUUAAGAGAUAUUUGAGAAUUAACAUAAUGUUAUUACUCUCAAAUUUAAGGACUCUUCUUCUCAAUAUCUUUAUGCCACCAAUUUAGAUCUAAAAAAAUAGUAAGACUUAUUGAUAUACAAUACUGUCAAUCAAUUAUAUUAACGAUACUAAUAGUUUAUUAAAUAGUGUUAUGAAAGAAUGCAAUUCUAUAAGUACUUUUUAAGAUCUAAAAACUUAUUUAUGAUUGAUUUUGAUAAACAGGGUCGUUUACGUUUUUUAAGUAGGGCUUUGUCACAAAAGAUUAAAAUAUAAUUUCAUAUUGAAAAAAUCUAAAUUGAUACAACAUAUAAGUAGAUCUUCAUAUAGAAUCAAUAAAUGCUUCAAAAUAUUGAAAAUUAUAUUAGUAAUUCAAAAUGGAAAUUAAAUUAGUAGGAGGAAGACUAAAAUAAACAAUAUGAAAUAUUCAUUAGGAAAGAAGAGAAGUAAUUCAAAGGAUUUACUUUAAUCCUUUCAGAAAAUGAAUGGGUUAGAAAAAAGACUCAACCUCCUACUAAUGGAAAGACCAUUAGACAAUAAUUGUUAUAGACAGAAACUAUGGAUUAUAUUAAGAAAUUAGAAGAAUUUAAUCCUGAUAUAAGAAAUUCUGUAGUUGCAAUGUACAUGCCUUAAAUAUAGGAAUUUAAUUAAAAUGCUUAACAAACUUAGAAGACUCCAACUUUAGUUUUUAGAAAAAUUGAUAAGGAAUAAGUUGUUGGAAAGAAUAGUUUCUUUUUUAAACAAAGAGAGGAGGAGAGAAGGUUUAUGAAAACAAAUCCAAAUAAAUUUAAUGAGUCUCACUUAAUACUUAAAGAAGAAGAUAAUGAAUUAGAUUUUUUGGAUUUUAAUAUUCAUUUAGUAAUAUUUUAUAAAUAGUAUUAGAUUAAAUCUACUAUAGAGAAAUAAAGAAUAGUAUGGUCAAUUUUGGAGAGAAAUAAUUUUAAUUAAAUGUUUGCAUUACCAUAAGAUAAAUUGAUUAAUUUUUUAAUUGAAAUGGAAACUCAAUAUAAUAUGAAUAAUAAUCCUUAUCAUAAUUUUGAUCAUGGAGUUGCAGUAAUGCAAGCUGUAAAUUGUUUUAUUAAAUCAUUGAGUAAACAAUUAGAUUAAUAAUUUUUUAAUAAUAUUACUAAGUUUUGUUUAUUGUUAUCAGCCUUAUGUCAUGAUGUUGCUCAUACAGGUAAGACUAAUGCAUAUGAAGCUAAUUCAUUGAGUCAAUUGGCAAUUCGUUACCAUGACAAAGUGGUAUUUUUUAUUGUGUUAACUCUUUUAUUAGAUAUUGGAAUAACAUCAUGCAGCAACAACCAUUAAAAUCUUAAGAGAUAGUUAAACAAAUAUACUUUGUAAUUUUUCUGAUUAAGAUUUCAGAACUUUUAGAAAAUAAUUAAUUUCAAAUAUUUUAUCAACUGAUAUGUAGGAUCAUUUCAAAAUGCUAAAGGAAUUCGAAUCUAGAAUAGAAUAAUAUGGUAAUGAUUCUGAAGAUUUAUCUUUAUUGUGUGGAAUGAUUACUCAUACUGCUGAUUUUAAUGGUACUGCAAGGAAAUGGCCAUAAAGUAGAUUAUGGAGUGAUAAAAUCAAUUAGGAAUAUCGUGCCUAGUAUGCAGAAGAAGGGAAGAAAGGUUAUCCUUAAUAACCAUUUAUGAAGGAUUUGGAUAAGGUAAAAUAGAGUAUAUAAUAUCAAAGUUGCAUGUGAUGUCUAAAAAUGAAAUUGGAUUCAUUAAGGUUAUAGUAAGGCCAUUGUAUCAUUAAAUGAAUUUGUUUGGUAAAGGAGCAUUUUAAAUUUGUGUGGAUAAUUUAGAUGAAACUAUUUUUGAAUGGGAGAAGGUGUAUUAGUAAGAGUUAAAGGCAUUAUAAUAAUAAAGUAAUUAAUGAUUACUUAUUAUAUUUUUGCUAUAUUAAUAUAUAUUAUACAUUUACAAUAUGAAUAUAGGCAAGCCAGAUCUUAAAUGGUAUAUUCAAUAGAAGGCAGCCUAAAAUGUUAAAGAGAGACUUUUUGGAUAUCCUAGUCAUUAAAAUGAAUUACCUGUCUAAAAUCAAAUCAAGUAUAAUAUACCAAUAGAAUUUAUAGGAUACAUCAAUAAUCAAGAUUAGAAAGAUGUCAUUAAGAUACUCAAAUUCACUCAUCUCAAAGUAUUCAUUCUAUUUAAGUAUUUUAGUGGUUAGUGAAAAACAAUAGUUUUGCUUUAGGUUAUAAUAAGAUUAAUAAUUAAAAAACGAUAAGGACACUUAUCUUUAUUUGAUUUAAAUGAUUCGAAAUUAUUUUAUAAGAAAUUUGCUAAUGAUUAAGCUAUGGUAGGCAUAUUAAAUUAAGAAUACUUAAAUAAAAUAUUUGGAAUUGGAAGUAAUGGUGGGAUUUACACAAUUGAAAAAGGAUAAGGAGGAUUAGAAUAGUGACCAGUAUUGGAAACUAAAAUAUCUUAAAUUACAGAGGGAACCUUUUCACCUAAUCAUUAUAAAAUUGCUUUUUCAAGUUAAGAUAAAUCAAUUUAUUUAUAUGAUGUCUAAUCAGAAUAGAAGGAAACUCUUAUUGGACAUGGUAAGGAAGUUUAUACUGUUUAAUGGAAUCCAGAGAAUAGUUUAAUACUUAGUGGAUCUGAUGAUGAAACAAUUCCUUUAUGGGAUGCUUCUAGUAGAGAUGAAAUACUUAAUUUAAAAAGACAUAAUUUAUGAGUUAAAAAGGUUAGAUGGAAUAGAAAUGGAACAUAUUUUGCUACAACAGGUAAGGAUAAACAAACUUUAUUGUUUGAUCUUAGAAAAUUAGAUACAGAAAUAUUAAAAUUACAUCAGAAUUAGAUUGACACUAUAUUUUGGCAUCCAAAAUAUUAGAAUAUAUUUCUUAUUGGUGAUGCCAAUGGUUCUAUAUCAUGUUAUAAUAUUAAUGCUCCAACAGAAUCUAUGUAUAUAUAACAUGUAUCUGAAACUAUUGUAACAGAUUUGGCAUUGGAUUAAAGUGGUUUAAUGA